AGCUUCCAUACAAUACCUAGUGCUCAUCCCAACCAGUGCCCUCCUCCCUUCCCAUCACCCACUUUCCCCUCUCCCCCACGCCCCAUCAACCCUCAGUUUGUUUUCUGUAUUUAAGGGUGUCUUAUGGUUUGCCUCCCUCUCUCUCUAUUUGUAACUGUUUUUUUCCUCCCCUUCCCUUCCCCCAUGGUCUUCUGUUAAGUUUCUCAAGAUCCACAUAUGAGUGAAAACAUAUGAUAUCUGUCUUUCUCUGACUGACUUAGCCUAAUACCCUCCAGUUCCAUCCACAUUGCUGCAGAUGGCAUGAUUUCAUUCUUUUCUCAUUGCCAAGUAGUAUUCCAUUGUAUACAUAAACCACAUCUUCUUUAUCCAUUCGUCAGUUGUUGGACAUUUAGGAACUUUCCGUAAUUUGCCAAUUGUUGAAAGCGCCGCUGUAAACACUGGGGUACAAGUGCCCCUAUGCGUCAGCACUCCUGUAUCCCUUGGGUAAAUUCCUAGCAGUGCUAUUGCUGGGUCAUAGGGUAGAUCUAUUUUUAAUUUUUUGAGGAACCUUCACACUGUUUUCCAGAGCGGCUGCACCAGUUUGCAUUCCCAUCAACAGUGCACGAGGGUUCCCGUUUCUCCACAUCCUCUCCAGCGUUACAGUCUCCUGAUUUGUUCAUUUUAGCCACUCUGACCGGUGUGAGGUGGUAUCUCAGUGUGGCUUUGAUUUGUAUUUCCCUGAUGAUGAGGGACGUUGAGCAUCGUUUCAUGCGUCGGUUGGCCAUCUGGAUGUCUUCUUUGGAAAAGUGUCUAUUCAUGUCUUCUGCCCAUUUCUUCACUGGAUUAUUUGUUUUUCGGGUGUGGAGUUUGGUGAGUUCUUUAACAGAUUUUAGAUACUAGCCCUUUACCAGAUAUGUCAUUUGCAAGUAUCUUUUCCCAUUCCAUAAGUUGCCUUUUAGUUUUGUUGAUUGUUUCCUUUGUAGUGCAGAAGCUUUUUAUCUUGAUGAGGUCCCAGUAGUUCAUUUUUGCUUUUAAUUCCCUUGCCUUUGGAGAUGUGUCAAGUAAGAAAUUGCUGCAGCUGAGGUCAAAGAGGUUGCUGCCUGCUUUCUCCUCUCGGGUUUUGAUGGUUUCCUGUCUCACAUUCAGGUCUUUCAUCCAUUUUGAGUUUAUUUUUGUGUAUGGUGUAAGAAAGUGGUCUAGUUUCAUUUUUCUGCAUGUUACUGUCCAGUUCUCCCAGCACCAUUUGCUAAAAAGACUGUCUUUUUUCCAUUGGAUACUCUUUCCUGCUUUGUCAAAGAUUAGUUGGCCAUACAUUUGUGGGUCCAAUUCUGGGUUCUGUAUUCUAUUCCGUUGGUCUAUUUGUCUGUUUUGUGCCAAUACCAUACUGUCUUGAUGAUUACAGCUUUGUAGUAGAGGCUAAAGUCUGGGAUUGUGAUGCCUCCUGCUUUGGUUUCUUUUUCAGUAUCACUUUGGCUCUUCGUGGUCUUUUGUGGUUCCAUACAGAUUUUAGGAUUGUUUGCUCUAUCUUUGAGAAGAAUGCAGGUGCAAUUUUGCUUGGCUGCGGGUUAGAAUCACCUGAAAUGCUUGCACAAAUUCCAGUGCUGGGCCAGUCACAUUAAGUGAGAAUUCCUAGGUGUGGGACCCAGAUACUCUUAAUUAUACUUUACUUUAAAAAUUAUUUAGCACCCCAGGUGAUUUUCCUGUUCAGCCAAGAUCAAAAACACCCAGUUUAACUAGUGUUUCUUAAACUUGAAUGUACCUCUCAUUGAUCAGGAGAUCUUAUUCAAAUGCAGAUUUUGUAGGUGUGGAGGGGCCUGAGAUUAUGCAUUAAAAUUUUUUUUUUGAUGUUUAUUUAUUUUAUACUUUUUAAAUGUUUGUUUACUUUUGAGAGAGAGAACGUCAGCAGGUGAGGGGCAGAGAGAGAGAGGGAGACACAGAAUCUGAAGCAGGCUCCAGGCUCUGAGCUGUUAGCACAGAGCCCGACACGGGGCUUGAACCCACCAACUGUGAGAUCAUGGCCUGAGCCGAAGUUGGAUGCUCAACCGACCCAGCCACCCAGGUGCCCCGAGAUUAAUAUAUUUCUGAUAUGGUCCCUAGCGAUGCCCAUGCUGCUGACCUGAUAAGUAUAUUUUGAGCUGCAAGCAUCUACUAAGCUAACUUCCCAGUUUUAUAACCAAAGAAACCGAGGGUCAGAGAGGGAGAUGUGACUCCCCCAAGGUAACCCAAGGUGUUACUUACUCAUUCAGUACUUCCUGAGCACUGGUUCUGUGCCAGGCAGUGUGCUGGAUGUUGGGAAUAAGACUGACCUCAUUGCUACCCUCACAGAGCUCAUAUUCCAGUGCGGGAGACAGACAGAAAGUAAGUAUCUAAGCUCAUUACAGAUCAGGAGAAGUGCUCUGGAAGGUGCUAGGGAAGGUAUGACUUGGCUGUGGCUGUAGGUAGGUAUGGAAGAAGGCAUGUCACUUUCGGGAUAGUGGUCAGGGAAGUUACUAGAACCAUGGCUUUCACUGGUGUCUUUUUUUUUUUUUUUAAGUUUAUUUAUUUAUUUUGAGAGAGAGAGAGAGAGAGCAAGUGCACAAGUGCAUGAGCAGGGGAGGGGCAGAGAGAGAGGGAGGAGAGAAUCCCAAGCAGGCUCCACACUGUCAGUGCAGACCCCUACACGGGACUCAGUCUCAUGAACUGUGAGAUCAUGACCUGAGCCAAAACCAAGAGUCAGGUGCUUAGCCAACUGAGCUACCCAGGAGUCCCCUUACUGGGUCUUCUAACUACAAAUCCAGAACUUUUCUUUUUUUUUUUUUAUUUUAAUUUUUUAAUGUGUAUUAAUUUUUGAGAGAGAGACAGAGACAGAGCGCAAGCAAGAGAGGGGCAGAGAGAGACGGAGACACAGAAUUGGAAGCAGGCUUCAGGCUCUGAGCUGUCAGCACAGACCCCAGCAUGGGGCUCGAACUCAUGAGCUGUUAAAUCAUGACCUGAGCUGAAGUCAGGUGCUUAACCGACUGAGCCACCAAGGUGCCCCAGAACUUUUCCUUACUGGGCAGGGUCAUCUUCCAUCUGGGGUUUGGGGAUGGGUGCUCAUGACUCUAUGGAGGAUGUCUGUCUCUGGUCCCCAUCCCUCACCCGCCCCUACCCUGCUCUCUCCUCCCCCCUCCAAGACUAAAAUUCUUCCUUGGUGUUUGUGGACUCAGAGUGGAGCCUGGGGGCAAAACAUUAACUUCAUAAUAGGACAGUGUUUGGGAUAAUUGAUUUAUGAUUUGUAACAAAACCCAGCUCUGGUCCUGAAGACAUAAUUUGAGGUUUUCCAGGUCUCUGUGAGAGAGCGCAAACACUAGAGAUUCCCUCCCUUUCCAGGUGGAUCACAAGAAUCACCUGGGCUGCUUGUGAAAAUGCCUGUCCCCGGGUCCCACUCUGGCUGACUCAGCAAUCCCCGGGAGGGGCCCUGGAAUCUAUGUUUUCAGUGGCCCGAGGCAGCCGGGAUGACAGCUCUCCCCAGGAACCCUGCUACCCGCUGAGAAACAUGAUCAGCAAAUCCCGCUUGAAGCUCCUGGCCAUGUUGACGCUGGUCCUGAUCGUCAUGGUGUGGUAUUCCAUCUCCCGAGAAGACAGGUACAUUGAGCUUUUUUAUUUUCCCAGCCCAGAGAAGAAGGAGCCGUGCUUCCAGGGUGAGGCAGAGAGGAAGGCCUCUAAGCUCUUUGGCAACUACUCCCGAGAUCAGCCCAUCUUCCUGCAGCUGAAGGAUUAUUUCUGGGUCAAGACGCCGUCUGCCUAUGAGCUGCCCUAUGGGACCAAGGGGAGCGAGGACCUGCUUCUCCGGGUUCUAGCUAUCACCAGCUACUCCAUUCCAGAGAGCAUCCAGAGUCUUAAAUGUCGCCGCUGCGUGGUGGUGGGGAAUGGGCACCGGCUUCGCAAUAGCUCGCUGGGAGACGCCAUCAACAAGUACGACGUGGUCAUCAGAUUGAACAACGCCCCAGUGGCUGGCUAUGAGGGCGACGUGGGCUCCAAGACCACCAUGCGUCUCUUCUACCCUGAGUCUGCCCACUUCAACCCCAAAGUGGAGAACAAUCCAGACACGCUCCUCGUCCUGGUAGCUUUCAAGGCAAUGGACUUCCACUGGAUUGAGACCAUCCUGAGUGAUAAGAAGAGGGUGCGAAAGGGCUUCUGGAAGCAGCCUCCCCUCAUCUGGGACGUCAACCCCAGACAGGUGCGGAUUCUCAACCCCUUCUUCAUGGAGAUCGCAGCUGACAAACUGCUGAACCUGCCCAUGCAGCAGCCUCGCAAGAUUAAGCAGAAGCCCACCACAGGCCUGCUGGCCAUCACCCUGGCACUCCACCUCUGCGACCUGGUGCACAUCGCUGGCUUUGGCUACCCAGACGCCCACAACAGGAAGCAGACCAUUCACUACUACGAACAGAUCACGCUCAAAUCCAUGGCGGGGUCAGGCCACAACGUCUCCCAAGAGGCCCUGGCCAUCAAGCGGAUGCUGGAGAUUGGAGCAGUCAAGAACCUCACCUUCUUCUGACUUGGGCAGGAGUUAUACCCAACAGUCUGCCCGCUCUGCCACCUGAGCGGCCCCGUCCCUGGCUGUGGGGGUGCCUGGCACCAGCAGGACCUGCCUGGACUCACCGUCCCCUGUGUGGAGAGGGGUCCUGGUACUGGCCAGGUCUAAGAUGAGGCCGUGCCCCGGGCUGCUCUUGUGGAGGCCCGAUCCCGUCAGGGUGGAGGCCCUAGGGUGGUGGGAGGCCGUUCGAGGCAUGGGGUCUGUUGGCUGUGGCAUCCCUUCUCCACCACCACUGGGAGGUUAUUUAAUGGGCUAUUUAAUUAAAAGGUAGGAAUGUGCCAUGGGCUGGUCCCAUGGUAUCUGGAAGAGAGGGCAUAGUACAGUGUUCUGCCCGCUUUUUAUAAAAAACACAAAAGUGCUGGGCCCACCAAAGCCUAGACCCAGAGCAGGCCUCCCAGGAGGGCAGGGAUGUCCGGAGUGGGUGGGUGCCCUCCAGAGAGGGGCUGCUACCUCCCAGCAGGCAUGGGAAGAGCACUGGUAUGGGGGUUCCACGGAGAAUGGGACCUCAUCUAGAAAAGAGGUUUGAAACCUAUCAUUAAACUAUUUUUCCUAAAACGGAAGGAGUUGUGAUACCCUGUGUCCUUCAAGUUGGGGAGAGCAUGGACGGGGCAGUGGAUCACGGCAGGGGGCCCCCUGUCCCAGCAGUAGACAGGGUUGCUAAAGACCGGCAGUGUCUCUGGGACCCCGUGGGACCCAGCGUAGGCCAUGGUCCUUCCGGAAAUGGUUACUGGGUUUGGCGCUCGGUGCCAAGUCAUAUGUUGUCAUCCUGGUGCAGCCAGGCGAGCAGGUGGGGCCCAGAGCAGCCCGUCUCUGGACAGCCAACCUGGCAUCUUGCAUCCUGGUUUAACGUUCCAGAGGUAGGAGGGGGUGGGAGGAUGCCAGAUGGGAGUGGCAGAACCCUCCCCCCACUCCCUGUCUUUCCCUCUCCAGCCUUAAGCUUCUAGAACCUCAUGCUGGGAGGUGUGCGUCUGAGGGCAGGGGUGGAGCCAGACAAAGGAAGCCAAGUUUCCUUUCUCAGAUUAAGUGGGAAUCAUAAAAUGGAGUUUAGAGAAGGUCUUGCCAGUGGCCCAGGCUGCCAGGAUGGGGAUGGGCAGGACUCAGGCAACGUCUGAGGGAUUUGGCAAGGCCCAUCCAGCCAGUUGCCGGGCCAGGGGACAAAAUGCUGUUUUCCCCGAGUCUCUAGAAUUACGAGAGCCCUGCCAUUUGCCUGUAUCUCCCUGCUUUGUUCUCCAUCUUCCCAGGCCCCACUUAGCUGCCAGCUAGGCAUCUUGCCACCCCCACAGCUGUUCCUUUACAUCUGGAGCCAGGAGGGAGAGCUGGAACUCCCCCACAGGGAAUGGGACUCACAGCUGUGUUCCUGGCUUUCUCGGAAAGAGUUGCAGCUUUGAGGUUUUGAGACAGCGAGGCUGGGUCAGGACAGAUAAAGAGGGGCAGAGAUUUGGGAGAAGCAGAGGCAGAUGACAUACUUCUGGACCGAGUGUCGGAGUAGCCUUGAAAACACCCAACCUCGUGCCACGGAACGGUCCUGAGGACCGUCACUGGCAAUGGAAUCGCCUGGUGUAAUUGCUUGGCUAGCUGCUCUCCCUCCAGGGGAGAGGGGAAUUCUGAAAGCAAAUAGGUCCCAGCAUCUGCAGCCGCAAGCCCCCUCCCCUCUCUACAGGGGCAGGCUUUGUCUCCCAGGCUUUGACCUGGCAGGAGACGGGGGACAACCGGCUGACCAGCAGGGGUGUGAACCUGUGCAGGGAUCUUAUCUCUGCUUAUCCCUGAUGCUUCCCCAGCGGCUUCUCGGCUUCUCGUGAGGGUGUGCAAGGGAGUGUCCAUUUCCCCAUCCAGGGCCAUUGAAAGUGGCUGUCAGCACAUAUGAUCCAGCUGUCCUGGACUGGGGCCACUGCCUGUUACUGAACACGCCUAAACUUGAGCCAGAAUCCAGCACACUUGGAUGGGUCAGACCCUGCCCCCGCCUCCCCCGCAACUCCACACACAUGCAUAAAGACACGGGAGCAUUUUACAUUCUUGUUGGGUUAUGCCUCUAAUGCCAUAUGCAGAGUCUUUCACACUGACAUACUGACAAGGGGUGUGUACGGGGAGGGAGCGUAUACACCCAAAUUGGUCACCGUUCCCUCUGGUGGGCUUAGCUCUCUCCAGGAUGCCCCGACCCCAACGCAGAGUGAGUCAGUACUGGCCCAAGGUCAGAGUCAGGAGUGGAGCUUUGAUGUGGAGUCGCUGGACGGGGUUCUUUGGUGUUCUGAGAAAGGGACUGUCAUUCUUCACUUAGCUCAACCAAUGGAAAUGAACUGCCUUCCAGCCUGCCUGGUACUUAUUAAACUGCCCUGAACAUGAGGGGAAGGAUGGAACCGGAGGGGAAAGCACUUGAGUGCAAGUCCACAAACUUGGGACACCAGGCUCUGCCACUUCAUUCUGUACGAUCUUGGGCCAAUCGUUUCUUUUUUCAUUUUUUAAACGUGUAUUUAUAUUUGCACGUGAGAGACAGCGGGAGCGGGAGAGGGGCAGAUAGAGGGAGACACGGAAUCCGAAGCAGGCUCCAGGCUCUGAGCUGUCACCACAGAGCCCGAUGCAGGGCUUGAACCCACGAGCCGGGAGAUCAUGCCCUGAACUAAGUUGGACUCUUAACCAACUGAGCCACCCAGACGCCCCUGGGCCGAUCAUUUCUAUGUCUAUGAUCGGACUCGUAUAUUCAUUGAAAUGAGACGGUGGGCCCAGCCAAUGACCACUUAUGCCAGAAUUAUCUGGAGGGUGAUGUAAAGAAUGGAUUCUUGGGUCGCAUCCAGGCCGCUGGGGAUGAGGCCCAGGAAUCUGGAAUUUUAACAAGCACCCAGAACCACUGCUCCAGCAGUCUAGACUUCAGGAUGAUCUCAUGGCCUCUUUCAACUCUAAGGUCUGCGCGCACAGCCCAUCCUAAUCCCUGGUGUCGAGCUGUGUUAAUUAGACACGCGCGCCUUUCUCCUGCGGGCGGGUGUUCGGGCGCCGGAGCGGCAACUGCGCUCGGCCUGCCCCGCCCCCAGCGGCGGUGGCCGAGGCUGGGGCGCGCAUGCGUCAUGGGCGCGGGCGCGGGGCUGGCCUUGGCGGCUGUGGGAACCGGGUGGGGGUGGCCGCGGCGGAGAGGGGACCUCCCGCAGUCCGCCCCGAGUCCUCUCGGGGCGCCGCCGACCCCAGCGCCCCGCCUCGUCCUUGGCCGGCGCCUCCCUGGCAACCCGCUCAGGCCCCUGGCUACGGCUGCCGGGCUGCAGAGGGAUGACGGGGCGGGCUACGGGGUCCGCGCCCUUCUGUCCCCUUUUGCUCAGGCAGGGCAGACCAGGGCUCCUCUGCCACCCGCUGGGCCUCCUUUGCGUGACCUACGUUGAGUUCAUCGCAGAGGCCGGGGUGAAACAGGCUUGGACAGCAAGGGAGCGGAAGAGAUCUUCAUCCAGUGUAGACUCUAGGACCAGCCCUCCUCCACAGAGGGGGAAACUGAGGCCUGGAGAAGUGAAGGGACGCCCAGCUCGACCACCUAAGUGGGCAAGGCAGAGUUUAGGCCUUUUACGUAGCUCAGGAACCCAUUUAAAUGAUACUCUAUAUUCACAUCACAUGGCAUUGCCUUCAAUUUGGACAGUUCGGGUUUUUAUUUACACUUUCCGAGGACAUAAGUACAUCCAGUUGUUUUACCCCAGAGGCUGUCUAGCUUAUGAAAAAAUUGAGCUUGGAAACAGUUCUGGCUUCGAGGCAGCAAGGUGUAGCACACACAAAAUACGGGGCGGUGGUUGGAUCGUGGGUUCUCCCUGCUGGGUCAUGUAAUGAGCCAAGCACCCCUCUGUCCCUCCAUCUGUAAAAAUGCAUGCCUAUCUCACAAUGAGGUUCUAAGGAUCUAAUGGGAAUAUGGUUGGGAAAACAUUGUGUAGACUGUAAAGUAUGAUAUAAAUAUUAGGUUGGAAAGCUGCCUUGCAUGGUGAAAAAUACCAGAAAGCCUACGAAACAGGUGAGGUACACACAUCUGGAGGGCCAAAUAUUUGCCCAGGUACUGAGUAACAUGGCCGGUUAACAGAAAAGCCUUUGUCUUCAAAUCGCCCACAAGCUAAGUAGGGGAAAGUAAGACAUUGGUGAAAUGACUCAACUGCAGGCUUGGCCUAAUCACACAAUGAACAGUGAGUUCAAAGUGUUCUCUGGUAGUGGUUUUCAAGCUGAAGUCAGUUGCCUUCCGGGUUUUUGGAGAGUGUGGUUUCUUGGGCGACAGGAUCCAUUUUGAUGGUAUGCGGCAUACGACAGGAGGUUCCUAAACUCAGGUUGAGAAGGACAGUGUCAGAGUUGGGACGCUCUCCUCUAGACCCUCUGACCUUUUUGAUGUCUUAAUUAUAGCUUCAGAAAACGAUUUGUUAGUUUUGAGUAUCCCCAUGGUUCUGUACCAGAUGCGGAUCCAGGAAAUCUUUCCAACUUAAAAGUUUAAGGAGGGACGGACGCGUGAGUGUCUGUAGUGAUAGCCUGUUUUCCUGUCCAGUUCCUUCUCGGUGAGUUUACCUCUCUUGUGAGAGAUUUUGGGGAUCCUGUGCCCGAGCAGUGACCCUCGAGUCUCAUUAGGUGUCAGAUUUGGUGUAAUCACUUUGUGUAAAGUGAUUACAGAGAGCUGGGAGCAGGUGGGAGAGACCACCGUCCUGUCUAGGAGGGUUAGCACAGAGGAUCUGACAGAAGUUUUAGGGGGAAAAUGAACUUUUGGGGGUUGAUUUCAGGGUCCCAAGGAAGACCAACAAUGUAAAGCCCACCCACCCCUCAAGAGAGGCAUGGCUUUCUCUCAAGACUGGGAGGGUGGAGCUGGGUGGACGCAAUGAGAGAAGGCUCAGAUGUUGAAAUCACCCCAGGGGAUAGAAGUUGGAAUUACUGAACUAAGCUAUUCCAGAACCAUCUAUCAUUCUGAGGCUUCCUAAAACACUGUUUACAUACAUCACCAACUUUAACACUUAAGGAGUAUCUUCUCUUGCUUAAAAAUGUGUUUCUCUCCUGGGGAAAAAAAACUCACAAGAGUAGAAAUUAGAGUCUGGUAGGGAGAUUCUCUCCAGUUCAGUUCUUUUUUCUCUGUAGAUUUAUGUCCCACUGAUGGAGACCCUGCUUGGCAGGAGAGCUAGAGAAACUUUUAAAUUAAAAGUCAGAGAGGAGGUUUUCAUCCAAAAAUCCCUUCUCCAAUUCAGUAUUUCUCUCAAGUGCAAGUCCAUUACUGUCAUCAAUACGCUGCUUACUCAUUGGGCAGCAGGGCCUUUUAAUUUCCUUACCAAAGGGGUGAAAGUCGUUUCUUUUAAUUUAAUCCCCCUGACAAUGUCUUUGCCUAAUCGAGGGUGACCUUCAAGGGGAUGAAUCCCCAUAUUUAGCUCCUAUCCCGAGUAGCACUUUUCCCCUUGCAUAAUUGGGAACAGAUUUCAGAGAAGCCCCAGUUAAUUAAGACCCAAAUUCUCCCAAAGAAGACCUGUUUCCUGAGACUUCAUUUCCCUUGUCUUUGAACAUUAAUACUUUAGAUUCACUGCACGGAGGACAGUUAUAAGGGAGCAUUAACUGAAUGGUCUCAUAGCAUUCCAAGAUACUUACAAGGGUUGAGAAGCAGUGGAAGCAUCCACUCUCGCCACUGUUAUUCAACAUAGUGAUGGAAGUCCUAGCCUCAGCAGUCAGACAACACAAAGGAAUAAAAGGCAUCCAAAUCGGCAAGGAGGAAGUCGAACUUCCACUCUUCGCAGAUGAAAUGAUAAUCUAUAUGGAAAACCCAAAAGAUUCCACCAAAAAACUGCUAGAACUGAUCCAUGAAUUCAGCUAAGUCACAGCAUAUAAAAUCAAUGUAUUGAAAUUGGUUGCAUUUCUACACACCAAUAAUGAAGCAGCAGAAAGAGAAAUCAAGGAACUGAUCUCAUUUACAAUUGCACCAAAACCCAUAAAAUACCUAGAAAUAAACCUAACCAAAGAGGAAAAAUCUAUACACUGAAAACUGUAGAAAAAUUCUGAAAGAAGUUGAAGAAGACACACACACACACACACACACACAAAAUGAAAAACAUUCCAUGCUCAUGGGGUGAAAGAACAAAUAUUGUUAAAAUGUCGAUACAACCCAAAGCAAUCUACAUAUUCAAUGCAAUCCCUAUCAAAAUAACACCAGCACUCUUCACAGAGCUAGAACAAACAAUCCUAAAAUUUGUGUGGAACCAGAAAA